AUCUACUAAAAAUGUACACGUUUGUAAAAGUAACCGACUUAAUCACCAUCAUGUUCUUGCUAGCCAUUGCAGCCGUCGUAACCGCCUCAAACACAGCCGAAUUGGAUGUACUUGAGAUGGCUCGAACAGCUGUGGUUGAAGCCCGGGCUAGUUUUGGGUCACUGGCUGUGGUUGAGGCAACGAGUGAAGUUGCUACUAGUAGUUAUUAUAAUUUGGGGUUAAGUGAAUGUGAGAAGCUCUACGAUGAGAGUGAAGCUAGGCUAUCGCAACUUGUCAUGGCUCAUGGGAAUUUUACCGUUGAAGAUGUUAGAACGUGGUUAAGUGGCGUGCUUGCGAACCAUCACACCUGUUUAGACGGUUUGGUUCAGCAACGUCAAGGUCAUAAGCCUUUGGUCCAUAGCAACGUCACGUUCGUGCUCCAUGAAGCUUUAGCUUUCUACAAAAAGUCUAGAGGUCAUAUGAAAAAGAUGUCAUGGAAUCCAACAAGUUCAAGGGCAGAUUUCGUAGUGGCUCAGGACGGUUCGGGGACUCAUCGGACGAUAAACCAAGCAUUAGCCGCCGUUUCAAGAAUGGGUAAAAGUCGGUUGAAUAGAGUGAUAAUCUACAUAAAAGCUGGUGUUUAUAACGAAAAAAUCGAUAUAGAUAGACACAUGAAAAACAUCAUGCUAGUUGGUGAUGGUAUGGACCGUACAAUCGUCACCAAUAACCGAAACGUCCCGGAUGGUUCCACGACUUAUGGAUCAGCAACAUUUGGAGUGUCCGGGGAUGGAUUUUGGGCACGGGACAUGACAUUCGAGAACACUGCAGGACCACAUAAACAUCAAGCUGUGGCGUUGAGAGUGAGCUCGGACUUGUCUUUAUUCUAUCGUUGUAGUUUCAAAGGAUACCAAGAUACUCUUUUCACGCACUCACUUCGUCAAUUCUACCGCGAUUGUCAUAUUUAUGGUACGAUUGAUUUCAUAUUUGGAGAUGCGGCAGCUGUUUUUCAGAACUGUGAUAUAUUUGUGAGACGCCCUAUGGAUCAUCAAGGCAAUAUGAUCACAGCUCAAGGAAGAGACGACCCACAUUCAAAUUCAGGCAUUUCGAUCCAACACUCACGGAUCAGGGCCGCACCAGAAUUUGAGGCGGUCAAAGGCCGGUUUAAGAACUACUUGGGCCGGCCGUGGAAGAAGUACUCUCGGACAGUGUUUCUCAAAACGGAUAUUGACGGGUUGAUUGACCCGAGAGGGUGGAGAGAAUGGAGCGGCGGUUAUGCUCUGUCAACGUUGUAUUACGGCGAGUUUAUGAACACCGGAGCUGGAGCAGGGACAAGCAGAAGGGUGAACUGGCCGGGAUUUCACGUCCUUCGCGGCCAGGAGGAGGCUUCUCCGUUCACCGUCAGCCGAUUUAUACAAGGAGAUUCUUGGAUCCCUAUCACCGGUGUGCCGUUUUCAGCCGGGGUUUGAGUCACUUUUGACUCUUGAAUGAAUCAUCAACAUUAUA